GGACGACGUUUGCGCAUGUUGUUUUAGUGUUUGAGGAUGUAGUAGAACUCGUUACAUUUACAACACUGAUCUGAAAUCAUUAUUAACCUAAUGUAUUUGCUAAAAGGCUGCAUUUUUUGUUUGUAUUUUAAGUUUUGGAAGAUGUGGGGAUGCGUUCGGUAACAGAACAAGCGAACGGUUUUGAUGGGAUAUGAACGUCUUAUUUUUGCACAUCCUAAUUAUGAACUAAUAUAAAUAGAUGUAAAGUACAUACAGUGUAAAUGUUGCACCAUGUGCACCGUAUAUUUGGUCACGUUUGUGUUCAUCCUAACAGCAGAACAAUGUUUCUCAAAACUGAUGGAAGACUCCGGCCAGAACCUCAUGGAGAGGAUGCAAACUGGGAAAACAUCCUUUAUAUACUUUGGAAAUCAUGUCAAUCCAACCAUAGAACUGUUCAUAGAGCAGCUCCAGAUGUCAGCUGAUGCUCUAGAGGACUAUGGGAUAGCUGUUGUAAUGGUGAACUGUUCAAAGGAUGAUAUAGCAAAAUACUGCACAGGAGAAAAACUACUGACUAAGGCAUAUUUGUUCAGAGGCUCUGAGGUCCUGAGGAGUUUUGACAUUGAUACCGUAUUUGACGUCAAUGCCAUAGUUUCUCACGUCCUGUUCUCUGUCCUCUUCAAUGAGGUGCUUUAUGUACACACUCCAGCUGAGCUGCUGGGUGUGGAAAGUGCGGCCAAACAGAACAGUGACAUUGUGGUCGGUCACAUACCCGUGCUUGGCCUUCCAGAGCACAGAGCUUUGAUGGAAACAGCAUUUGUGUAUGGAACCAAAUACCAGUUUGUUCAGACGACUGGCUCUCUGGUACUGAAACGCAUGGGGGUUGUCAACCCGUCGUCCUCACAAGCUCGACUGUGGUUUCUGCACUGUAAAAGUGUAUCCCUGCAGUCUGAUCCGUGUCCCAGCACUGCCAUGAGCAAACCAAUCAACACCAUCAACAUACACACAUUCCUCCAGCUGAUGGAAGCUCCUCUAGUGACCGAGGCAGUAACAGACCCAUCUGAGGUCGAUGUGGUUCAUAUCCACCUCAGUGUGCCGGUGCUGUAUCUGUUCUCUCAGCCACAAACACAGCACCUGGAUCGGGACACUGCUCAGACUGUCGCCCUGCAGCUCCGCGGGGAAGUCGGUGUAGUGCUCAUUCACAGGGACAAUCCUAAGGUGAAAACGCCACUGAAAUACAACGCAGCUUACAGACUCCCACAGGAGGAUGUGAAAUAUUUUACCCUGAGUGCUCCUGAAGAGGUUGUGAAACUUUUCAAAGAAACACUUCUGCAAAAAGACAAGACCGAAGAUGAGGAGGAAGAUGAUGAACAUUGGUCAGAUCUUGAUAUCCUCGAUGACGAAGUGUCUGAGUCUGUGUACAGAGAUCGUGAUCUUAUGCUGGAUCUGGAGCCUGUAACUGAACUCACGGCAGACACCUUUCAAACUGCAAUCAAGCAAAAUGAGAUCACAGUGGUGCUGUUUUAUUUUAAAUGGGAUGCUGUCUGUAUGGCUUUCAUUCAGUCGUAUGUGGAGGUGGCAGAAGCAGUCGAAGAUGUGAAUGGUGUGGAGCUGGCGGCUGUAGACUGUGGGGAAUGGACUGAUAUUUGCAGAGAUCAAAACAUCACUUCUUUCCCCACCGUAUUGAUCUACUGUCCAAAGGCUGCUGCUGCUCAGCCCUACAGGGGCAUGAUGGGAACCAAAAGCCUUCAACGGUUCAUACUACUGAGUCUGGUCUCCACUCCUGUCCAUCUCUCCUCGUCCGCUGAGGUGAUGUCGUUUCUGGAGGGAGAUUUAUACAGAAAAUAUGUAUAUCUGACCCCUGUCCGGGUGCUGGGGCUUUUCAGCUCAAUGCAGGACAUGGGCGUAUCUUCAUUUGAAGAAGCGGCAAGACUCCUCAGAGGAGAGACCAUUAUUGGGCUGUUUGCCCAUAAAGAGGCGGCAAAAUGGGUGGAGGGACUGUCAGUGAAUCUGCCUGCUUUACUGGUGUCCCACGGUCCUGCACUUCCUCAUCAGGUCUUUUCCCUCCCAUCAUCCUUGGCAACGGACCAUGUCAAACUCAUUCAACGAGUGGAGCUGGAGCGUUUUCCUGAACUGACAGUGGAGAAUCUUCCCUGGUAUUUGGAGCUUGAGAAACCUUUGCUGCUGCUUUUUAUCGGAAAAGAGGAGAGUACAGAGAGCACGAGGUCUUUAGCAGAGAUAAACCAACUGCUGGGUUCUGGACAGCUGGAUUUCUUCUUACCCUGUUGGAUCCAUCUUGGUCGUACACCUGUUGGGAGGUCCAUCCUGGAGAAGUAUCUGGGCUUUGUUCCUCCACUUCCAUCUUUGGUGAUUUCGCAGAUAAAAACUGGAGGAGAGGUGUUUCUUUUCCCCUCUGAGCGCCCCCUAAAGGCUGAAAAUAUCCUGCGGUGGAUUCAUGAUGUGGAAGACAGACAUGAACAACCAGCAGGCUUGAUUCCAGAUGUGAAAUGGGGUCCUCCUGUGCCAUUCUUUGACUUUUUGGCAAUAAUGGACCAAGAAGCGCCGACUUACGCAGCACAGAAAGCUCCUAAAACGAAGAAUGGGGGCAGAGAAAACCACAAAGAGCAGAAUCAUGUGACCCCUAACCAAAGUCAGGGCCCACAUCCAUCAGCAAACCCCCAAGCACCUCGCAGGCACUCUGAACUAUAACAUCAAGCCCUCUCGCCGCAACAGGGGUUAUGUAAGCAUUUCACAUGACUGCUUGACAUCUGCUGGAUUCCACUUUGCAAGUGCUGUUAACAUCAUUCAGUUGUUUUCGAAAGUGUUUAUACAUCAAUAUGUCCGUAUCACACUUACUUUUUGCGAAUCAAAUGGACUUUUCCAAAUCAAAUCAAGCAUACGUGCGGAUAGUUUACAUUUUUGUGCUGUAACUUUAUAUAUGUGCAUCUGGUUUAGUCUUUGAGAGUGCGUUUAUUUAUUUAAAGACUUUAUGUAAACAUUUUAUGCGAAAUUUUUUUCUAAUUCGUACAGCAUGUGCCUGUUUGGUAAUCGUUUUGUACAAAUACAGAGCUACACAUAUGGGUGACAUUUGUAAAAUUCCUACAUUGUGUGUUUAUUCACUCACGAAAGAACAGCAACUGGCUUAUUUUUCCUUUUUCUUUUUUUUUUUUUUAACGUACCAUCCUAGAAAGUCUGACUUGAAAGCGGAAAGAGGCUGCAUCUUUUUUUGAUUGUGUUGUUAAAGUAAAUUAGCGUCACGUUUAA